CCAGCACUGCACGAGGACGACGCCAAGAUGAACACUUCAAGAGUGUUUGUGUUUAAGCAGCUGAAGUCGCUCUUGAGAGUCAAAUGUUCAAGUGCUGCUCCUUCCAAUGAUUUGCGAAGGCUGACAUCUACACCUGGCUCCUGUCCCAAGGUGUGUGUUGUAGGUGGAGGGCCAGCAGGCUUCUACACUGCUCAGCACCUACUGAAGGCUCAUCCAGCUGUACAGGUUGACAUAUAUGAGCGUCUGCCUAUACCCUUUGGCCUUGUGCGAUUUGGAGUGGCACCUGACCACCCAGAAGUCAAGAAUGUCAUCAACACUUUCACUCAGACUGCCCAGCAUGAGCGCUGUAGCUUCCAUGGCAACGUGAACGUGGGAAAGGAUGUGAGCGUGCAGGAGUUGCAGCAGGCUUACCACGCUGUAGUGCUGAGCUAUGGAGCUGAGGGGAACCGCAGUUUGGGGGUCCCGGGGGAAAAUUUGUCAGGAGUGUACUCCGCUAAAGACUUCGUGGGAUGGUACAACGGGCUUCCCAGCAACAAAGACUUGAAGGCUGACCUGCGCAGUGAAACAGCAGUUAUUCUGGGUCAGGGGAAUGUGGCUCUGGAUGUGGCCAGGAUAUUGCUCUCUCCUCUUGACAUACUGAAGAAGACGGACAUUACGCAGCCUGCCCUAGAGGCGCUGGCUGCCAGCAGGGUACGUCGGGUCCUGAUCGUGGGCCGGCGGGGACCCCUCCAGGUUGCCUGUACCAUCAAAGAACUCAGAGAGAUGGUCAACCUGCCAGGCACAAAGCCCGAAAUGGUGACUGCGGAAUUCCAAGGCAUAGCAGAGGCACUGAAAGAUCUCCCCAGGCCGAGGAAGAGGCUGACGGAGCUCAUGCUGAAAGCAGCCCAGGGGAGCUGUGAGGGUGGGGGCGCGGAGAAGAGGUGGGGCUUCCGUUUCCUGCGCAGCCCCGUGGAGAUCCUGCCCGCUCCUGAUGUGAGCAGAGCCGCAGGGAUCCGACUGGGCAUCAACCGGCUGGAGGGCUCAGGGGAGGGGGCCCGGGCCGUGCCAACUGGUGAAGUCGAGGACGUGGAGUGCGGUCUUAUUAUAAGUAGCAUCGGGUACCAAAGCCUGCCCAUCGACCCUGCUGUGCCCUUUGACCCUCGCAAGGCCAUCAUCCCUAACAGGAUGGGAAGAGUGCAGGAAGCAGCAGGUCUGUAUUGCAGUGGAUGGGUGAAACGUGGUCCCACGGGGGUCAUUGCCACCACCAUGAAUGACAGCUUCGACACGGCCCGCUCGCUCAUCCAGGACAUGGAGACUGGGGAGCUUGACAUUUCUACUGCUAAGAUGGGUUCACAAGCUGUCGCUCCCCUCCUAUUGAAGCGAGGGGUGAGCCCAGUGUCAUUUUCGGACUGGGAGAAGAUUGACACAGAGGAGAUGAAGAGGGGGAAGGCAGCAGGAAAACCCAGGGAAAAGAUGCUGGAUGUGGCAGAGAUGCUGAAGGCAGCUCAUGCCUGAGGGUCACAGACACAGUAAAUUAGGGCACAAGGGCACAAACGCUCACAAGCAUUUUUACAUUGGCACACAGUCAUGGUGAGGCUGUCAUAAUUGUGUAGCAAUGGCAGCUUUACUCAACUUUUCGUCAGUGAUCCACGUUUUGCCAAUUUUCUUUAAUAAAAGAUAGAUAAUGUGGAAAUUCAGUACCUCGCACAUUUCAGCUGUCAGAUUGAAAACAUCACCCGUGGCAGCCAUUUUGUCCCUGGCGGUGUAAUUACUGAUCACGGCUGAAAUUAUGGGCACAAGCAAAGCAGGAAUUGCUGCCGUGGGCGCUGCAGCAGCCGCAGUGUUCAGAGGUGGACAGGUUUCUGCAAACUAGUCAGUUUUCUAGUAGCCCUCCUUUACCCUCAGAAUUCAGGUGGCUUACUUUGGAUUCAUAAAAAAUUUGCAGCCUGGCUACAGAAAAGCUUCUGUGAGAGGUAGUUCUUGAUUUUUUUUUUAAGAUACACAUACUAAACAACUUAAAUAUAAAUCCCAAUGCUACAUAAAGUUAACACUUUCAUUUACUGGCCACAGGUAAUUCUUUUAUAAUUUGUAAUUUAUAUUUA